GAAAGAAACCAGUGCACUAAGAAAAAAAUAAGGCAAAAGACUAACUUCUUUCUCUCCAGUCUCGUCUUCAUCGAUUCUCAAAUCUAGCUCCCAGCUCAGUUCUAAUGGCUUCCUCACUCGCUCUUAAGCGCCUCCUUUCUUCCAACCUCCGCCCGAAUUCCAUUCUUUACCCGAUUCGCACCAUAGCUAAUGCUCCGUCCGCCGCUUCCAGGUACUUCAACACCAACGCCGUGCGCAAUUACGACGACGGUGACUACGACGAGCGCGGCGUCGACAUCGACCGCCGCUCUGACCGUUAUCCCUCUCGCCGCCUCGGCCGUGAUGAUUUCCUCUCAGAAGUGUUUGAUCCAUUUUCACCAACAAGGAGCCUGAGCCAGGUACUGAACCUGAUGGACCAAUUCAUGGAGAAUCCACUCCUCUCGGCCUCCCGUGGCGUUGGGUCCGGACUCCGCCGCGGGUGGGAUGCGAGGGAGACUGAGGAAGCACUCCAUCUCCGAGUGGACAUGCCAGGACUCAGCAAAGAGGAUGUGAAGGUGUCAGUGGAACAGAACACUCUGACCAUCAGAGGCGAAGGAGGCAAAGAGGAAGGCGACGAAGAGAGUGGGCGGAGGUACAUGAGCAGGAUCGACCUUCCGGAGAAACUGUACAGGACUGAUCAGAUCAAGGCUGAGAUGAAGAAUGGUGUGCUCAAAGUGGUUCUGCCUAAGGCCAAGGAAGAGGAGAGGUCUGACGUUUUGCAUGUCAACGUUGAGUAGUGCUAGUAGAGUGGUUUCAAGCAUGGCUUUUCUACAUCGUUGUGUUUCAAUUACUAAACGGUGAGAAAUGUGAAAUGAGAAUGUAAUGGCUUUUGAGUUGUUAAUACUUUGAUAAAUCAUGAGUUUUUUUUUUUUUUA